CCGUCAAGUGACGCUGUGUCUGGAGCAGCUGAGCUCUCCGGAGCUGGGUGGGGAUGUCUGCAGUGCCUGAAUCACGCCUUUAUCACUGCUACACCCACGGGCACUUCUCUUCCAGGUGAGGCAGAUGCUUGUUAAAAGCCAAACAGGAAGGUAACAGCACUUGGAGACGGGUGUGACUGCAGGGAUCAGCUGCUGGGGACAGCCCUCGCCACCAGGCAGGUGUGUCCUUGGCAUGAUGGAGUCUUGCUGCCAGCUUUGGCUGUGGGCAUUAUUUGUCCUCCUGGCCUGUCCACAGCCAGGGGUAGCACAGCCAGCCUGCUCCCAUGGGGCCUGCUAUCCCCCCAGGGGGGACCUCCUGCUGGGACGGGGCCAGCACCUGAUGGCCUCCUCCACCUGUGGCCUCACCAAGCCUGAGACGUACUGCACACCGCACGGAGAGUGGAACAUGAGAUGCUGUAAGUGUGACUCCCGGCUGCCUCACGCUCGCAAUGGGCACCGUGUGGCCAACAUGCUGUCCUCUGCCGGCCGUGCACGCUGGUGGCAAUCCCAGAGUGGCAUGGAGCACGUCUAUUUGCAGCUGGAUCUGGAUGAGAAGUUCCAGCUCAGCAGCAUCGUGCUGGAUUUCAGGUCACCACUGCCCGCUGCGAUGCUGAUUGAGCGCUCCACGGACUUUGGCAAGACAUGGGAGGUGUACCAGUACCUGGCCUCUGACUGUGCUGCUGCCUUUCCCCACAUUCCCCGCGGUGCCCCCGAGAGCUGGGGGGAUGCUCGGUGCCAGCCACUGCAGGCCCAGCAUGGGUACCCCAUGCAUGGGGGCAAGGUGAAAUUCAGUGUCCAAGACCUGGCAUCUACCAUUACUACCUCUUACAGCCAGUCUGUUAAUAAGCUGGGGCAGUUCACCAACCUGAGGAUCAACUUCACCCAGCUCCCACACGUCAUGCACCACAGUUACCGCUCGCCCAGCAGCUUCUAUGCGGUGACAGAAAUGCAGGUGCUGGGAAGCUGCUUCUGCAAUGGCCACGCUGACCGCUGUAUCCCUUCGAGGGACCUGCAUGCCAUGGUGCACGGACGCUGCGAAUGUCAGCACAACACUGCUGGCCCCAACUGUGGCCACUGUGCUGCCCUCUACAAUGACCGCCCCUGGGCCCCCGCGGAGGACAACGACCCCCAUGAGUGCCAGCGGUGUAACUGCAACGGCCACUCGGCCUCGUGCCACUUCGACCUGGAGGUUUUCCACGCCAGCGGUGGGGUGAGCGGGGGUGUCUGCGAUGACUGCCAGCACAACACGGAGGGAAACAACUGUGAGCGCUGCAAAACCAACUAUUUCCGCAACCAGCGGCAGGAUCUCACCCAUCCUGAAGCCUGCCAACCCUGCGAGUGUGACCCGGAUGGCACAGUGCCGGGCUCCGUCUGCGACCCGCUCUCGGGGCACUGUGUCUGCAAGGAGAAUGUGCAGGGCGAGCGAUGCCACCUCUGCAAGCCAGGCUUCGCCCAGCUGGCCUAUGCCAACCCCCUGGGUUGCCGCAGAUGCGCCUGCAACGUACUGGGAACACGGCAGAAUGUGCCCUGCGAUGAUGAGACGGGGAGCUGCUCCUGCCUGCCCAAUGUGGUGGGCACCGACUGUGACCAGUGUGCAGCUGGGCACUGGGACAUGGCGAGUGGCCGGGGCUGCCGGCCCUGUGAGUGCAACCCCAGUGGUUCCCACAGCACCCACUGCAACCAGUUCACAGGACAGUGCCAGUGCAGAGAAGGCUUCACGGGGCGGACGUGCUCUGCUGCGCAGCAGGAGCAGGCCUGCCCAGAUAGGCACUUUGGAGACGUCAGGGUAGGAUGCACAGAGUGCAACUGUGACUUCCAGGGCACCGAGGAUGUGGGGUGUGACAAAUCCACAGGCCGCUGCCUCUGCCGCCCAGGUGUCACCGGCCCCCGCUGUGACCAAUGCCAACGGGACCACUGCAGCACCUACCCCAGCUGUGAGCCGUGCCACCCCUGCUUCCACACCUAUGAUGGUGACAUCCAGCGCCUGCGGUUGCGCCUGCAGCAGGCCAGCCUGAGUAACUCCAGCGUGGGGCUGCCUGGGGGCUCCCAGCUGGGCCUCCGGCUCUCACGGGCACAGAGCAGCCUGCAGCAGGCGCAGGGCAUCCUUGGUCACUCAUCUGCCACUGAGCAGGGCCUGGCCCAGCUGGGCAAUGCACUCACUGCCAUCAGGGAGCAAAUGCAAGGCAUUAAUCCCAACUUUCAGUUUCUGGAUGUGACUGCCUCUCUAUCAAACGAGUUUGAAGCUCUCAACAGCAGCCUGCUUACCAUCAGUGCCCAGUAUCAGAGCAAGAAGACCCAGUUUGAAACCAGCCGCAGCACAGAUCUGUCAGGAGCCUUUGGGACCAUCCGAUCUGCUCACCAGACAUCCACCAACGCCAGCAGCCUUGCUGCUGCUGCUGCCACUCUGCUGGCCACGUCCAGGGAGAGCCGCAGAGACGCAGCAGGGCUGGAGGCAGCGGCUGCCACGCACAGCAGCAAGCUGCUGGCCCUCAGGGCCCAGAUGGCCUCAUCUCCCAAUCUGACUCCUACUGUGAAUAAGAUCUGUGGUGGUUUCCGAGCGGAGACAUGCACCCCAGCACAGUGUGAAGGCUCGCUUUGUCCACAAGAUGGUGGCAUGGCCUGCGGGGAUGGCCUCAGCUGCCGUGGUGCCAGGCCAUUAGCUGGUGGAGCCCUGCGUGUGGCUGGGAAAGCUGCGGGAGAGCUGGACAGCCUGAAUGCACGGCUAAGGGAGACGGCACAGCUGAUUAAAACGACGGAGGCAUCUGCUAAUCAGAUUCAAAGCAAUGCCUUGCGGCUCAUGGAACAGAUGAGCAUAACAAGAACCCAGAUAGAAGGAGAUGUCCGACAUGCCCAGCAGUUCAUCCAGCAAGUUCGGAACUUCUUGUCAGACAAAGACACGGACCCUGCAACAAUCCAGGAAAUCAGCGAGUUUGUUCUCUCUCUACGUCUCCCCACGGAUGCUGCCGCAGUUCUGAGAAAAAUGAACGAGAUUCAAAAUUUGGCUACCAAGCUGCAGUGCCCAGAGAACAUACUUGCCCAGACAGCUGAGGACAUUGCAAAGGCCAAGCAGCUGCAGCAGGAGGCAGAACAGGCCAGGAACCGGGCGAAUGCUGUGGAAGGCAAUGUGGAAGAGGUUGUUGGGAAUCUGAGACAGGCAAACACAGUGCUGCUGGAGGCCCAGGGGGCUAUCAGGGGCUCAGGUUCUUCCCUUCGGUUCAUACAGGAGCGCGUUGAGGAAAUCGAGGCAGUGCUUGGUCCAGCUGAGAAGAACGUGGGCUCGGUGGCAGCCCAGCUGGCUGUGCUGGCGGAGGGGCUCCCUGGGUUGCAGCAGACAGCAGGGCAGAACCAGCUGCGGGCCGGUGAUGCGCAGCAGAUAGCGGCAGCAGCAAGCGAGGAGGCCAGCGGGGCUCAGCAGGCUUUCCAACAAGUUAAAGAUAUGUAUGCGGAGCUGAAGAGCAGACAGGGGCAGAGCCCUGCACUGGGAGCACAGGGCAGCCGUGUGCAGAGCAUAGAUCUGGAGGCAAAAGCUCUCUUUGAGGAAACGUGGAACAUGAUGCUCCGUAUGGAAACUUUGGAGACAGAAAUUCAGGAAAGCAACAGAGCUCUGGUGGCCAAGUCAGCCAGGUUGUCAGGCCUUCAGGAGCAGGUGGGCAGGAUCCGGGACGCCAUCCAUAAGCGAGUCACCUACUAUGAGAGCUGCUCCUGAGUGAGGCUGCGCCUUCCUGCUGCAGACACCGACUGCUGUGUUGAUUCCCAUUUUUCUGGCAGGAUUUCUCAUUUUCCUAACGUCUGUAUAUUUAGCAAAUGGGAUUUCUGUCCUUUUGGAAACGAGCUGCACCGAGCCAAAGGGGUGAACCCCUGGGUGGGUUCAUGCUGGUUGGACCACUUGAAGCUACCUGGGCAUGGAGGAGAAGGACAGACACAGAACUUCAGCUGCAAAUAUGCACAUCCCCCACAUUGUUAUUUCCAGAGAGGUAAAAAAAAGAAAAAAAAGAAGGAAAAAAAAAAAGAGUUCAUGUUUUAACCAAUUCACGCUCUUGUAGCUGGAUUUGCUAUUCAGACAAAACCCAUUACGUGGGACAGUGCAGUUAAUGCUUAGAACUUGCCAUGGCUGCAGUCCUUCCCUCCUAGAUUUUUCAUCAAAGAACCAGAUCACAGAAAUGGAGAAUUUUAUCUCCUUUGUAUCUACAUAGCAAACCUCUAUUUCUGCAACUAGGAGAAAUGCAAUCUCAUACUCAAAAUGUGUGAUGUUGAAUGUCUUUUUUGACUUUCUGCCACAAUCUUCUUAUUUACUGUGUAACACUUUGCCAGAAAAAUAUCAGAGGGAGCAGUUCUGCAGCUGCUCAGGGGAUGCUUCAGAAGGGACUUAAUGGACCAUUUCCACAUCACAUUUCUACGAAUAACCAACAGGCACUUUACAAAACAAAAGUCAGCUUUAUUAAGCAAGUAUUUAUUGUGCAAUUACAGACUUGGAAGCAGGGAAUUUAGACCUCGCUGUGGUUAUUAACAGACAUACGGAGGUUGCUAGCAGGUUGUCUCCUUUUGUAGCUGAAGUGAGAACCACGCAGCCUGGGCAGCUGCUUGACACCGAGCUGCAGAGAGCUGAAGCCUGGGAGAAACCAAAAUCCAAGGAAUGGGAAGGAUGCAGGUUGUAAAAAUAACUGAGCUGCCACUGAAUAAAACUCUGCAUGGCUUUGGUUUAUAGGAUUUAUGCUGUGCAGUGCACUUGUUAUGCAUCGGCCAACUUAACAGUAUACAGAAAACAAAAGCUUACAGCGUAGAGCAAUGUUGUAUGGAUAAUAUACACUGAAUAUGCUAGCAGCAGCCUCAGACUUUCCCUUGCUAAAGUGCCUUCUCCCAGCAUUAACGAUCCAGAAGCACGCCGAGGUCACUGC